AUGGCUUUAACUCGCUCUAGCCAUCGAUCCAUACCACUUAUCAACACGCUCACACUGAGCCGAAGGACACUCCUCGGUACCGGUGCUAUCGUUGCUUGUAUCGCUGCCAUCUCGUCUGGCCAUUUGCAUACAAUCAGUGCGACCAGGGCCAGUUCUUCAGCCGCAGCGCCCUUCAAAUCCCACCUCCGUCUGUUUUCCUCCUCCCCAGCGACGGCAUUCAAAAUGGGCUCCACUGCCUCUUCACGGUCAGCUCCCGAGUCUUUCCCCAAGGGUAUGUCCGACUCAGAAUGGCGUACCAAGCUCAACCCGGAGCAGUUCCGCAUCUUGCGUGAAAAGGGUACCGAAAUGGCGGGCACGGGAAAGUACAACAAGCACUACCCCAAGGAUGGCGUCUACACGUGUGCUGGCUGCGACUCGCCGCUUUACAAGGCGACGACCAAGUUCGACUCGGGCUGCGGAUGGCCCGCCUUCUUUGACGCUAUCCCAGGCGCAAUUGACCGACACUCAGACAGGAGUUGGGGCAUGGAGCGUAUUGAGAUCACUUGCAAGAACUGCGGCGGUCACUUGGGCCACGUCUUUAAAGGAGAAGGCUUCAAUACUCCCACUAAUGAGCGUCACUGUGUUAACAGCGUCUCGAUCAACUUUGACAAGGAUGAGGCCAAAAUUUAA